GCAACAAGGACCGCAACGCCGGAGAACGUGAUCGGGAGGAAUAUGUCGAUACCGAGCGGAGUUGAACACGAGCACCAGAUUAUUGAAGAGGUCUCGCGGGAUGGCCGUUCCUCCACUCCCAGCUCCCAGCUCAUUCCCGGCCACACAACUGCCCAACAUGGACGGUAAAGAGGUGGCACGUGCUCGAAAAGACAACCCGAGGAGGAAGAUCUUCGAUUGGAUCUCGGAACCUCGACCCGACAGUAUCACCCCUUUCCAAAAGUUCAUCGUGGAUCUGGAUUGGGAGAAGUCUCCGUUAGGACCAAUGAAGCAUUGGCCUGCCCAAUUGAGACAGAUGGUGCUGCUGGUGGUGCAAGAUCCUUCUCCCGCUGUCGUGUACUGGGGAGAUAAUGCCACGAUUAUCUACAAUGAGCCGUAUACCCAACUCAUUGGACGAAAACACCCCGCCCUUCAAGGCCAGGAUCCCAAAAUUGAAUUCGCCGAGAUUUGGGACCAUUUCGAGAGGCUCUUGGCGAAUCAACGGGAAACAGCAAAAACUGUAGUUGAAGCAAAUGCAUUUCUUCUCCUGUUUAGACACGGAUUUUUUGAAGAAACCUUCUUCAGCUGGAAGUUUGUGCCGAUUAUUGGUCAUGAAGGUUGGGUAGUCGGAUCCCACGCUACCGUUGUGGAGGUUACUCGAGAAGUUCUUUCAGAUCGAAGAUUAAAGAUCGUUAGAUCCCUCAGUCGUCAACUAUCGGGUUCGGAAAGUAUCAAAGACCUGUGGCGUCGAAUCAUUCUCGGCAUUGAAGGUGCAGACAAAGACAUCCCUCUGGCUCUUCUGUAUUCAGUUGCAGACCAGAAGCUCGCUUCGAAGAGAUCUAAAUGUCCUAAUCUCAACGAGACCAACGGUCAGGCAUCGACAAUUUGCAUUCUUGAGAGUUUAAUUGGCAUCCCUGUCGACCAUGAGUUGGCUGCUGAGAGUCUUGAUCUGGGCAAUGACGACACUUGGCUCGUUUCUCCACUCAAGAAAGCCAUCAAGGAGAUGACACCAGUCGUGGUGCAAGUCGACGAUAAAUUGAAGGACAUGUUCGGGAGAAUAGAGUGGAGGGGUCACGGGGUUCCGGCCACUCAAGUUGUUGUUUGCCCAAUCAUACCAGCGGAUUCGAAGAAUGUCCUGGCUUUCUUGAUUAUUGCCCUGAAUCCACGAAGGCCUUACGAUGACGACUAUCGGGGAUUUGUUCAUCUGCUGACUCAGCAAGUAACUAUACCGGAACUUUCAGCAGUGAUUCUUCGCGAGGAGGUGCAGAGACGACAACAAAUAUCCACAGAAGAGGCUUUGGCAAGAGAUCGGCUUUACCGUGAAGUUUCAGAGGCAGAGACAAAAUUUGCAAGAUUUGCAACACGAGCACCUAUUGGGCUGGGAAUUCUCACACCGGAAGGCCUCGCCUUGUCAGCUAACGAUCUCUGGUUGGAGUUGACUCAGCUGGAGGUCGGGUCCUCGGCAGUCAGCUGGCCUGCCGUCCUUUGCGAAGGAGAACCAGAUCACGUUAAUGAAGGUUGGGAGCGAAUGAUUUCACGAAAAAAGUCAGUGACCAUGCAGACACGGCUCAAGAGACGCUGGCAAGCACCGGACCCCGAUAUAAAUGGAGAGGCGCAAUAUUCUGAGACGCAUAUACUACUUGCAAUGCAUCCAGAUCUUGACGAAUUUGGUGAGGUUACCACAGUGAUGAGCUGCAUUACGGAUGUGUCUGGUUUGAAGUGGUCUGAACUCCAGUUGAGAAAAAAGAUGGAUCAAGCUAUUGAGAUGAAGAGGCAGCAAGAAAGAUUCAUUGACAUGACAUCACACGAGAUGAGAAAUCCAUUAUCAGCCCUCAUCGGCUGCGCUGAUGCAAUCAUCACUUCACUGAACGAACUCCGAACAGCAACCAGGAUGGGUGGAGUUCUCAACGGAACUAGAAAUCCUCAUUUGGAGCACAACUCCGAGAUCUCAAAGCCUUUGCAUUUGUUAGACGAAACAAUCGAAGCCGCAGAUACCAUAAUCUACUGUGCGAUGCACCAAAAACGAAUCAUCGAUGACAUCUUGACGCUCUCAAGACUUGACUCGAAUCUCCUUCUUGUCUCGCCCGAGCCGUCACAGCCAAUCCAUCUCGUUCGAAGUGCAUUAAAGAUGUUUGAAGCUGAAUUGAAAAGGGCGGAAACGAAACGUGAGGUCACUGAAGAGCCGUCCCUGGAGACCUUGCAGGUUCAGUGGACUCUGCUUGAUCCGAGCAGAGUGCUGCAGGUGCUCAUAAAUCUGAUGACAAACGCAAUAAAAUUCACGCGCACAGAACCCCACCGUCACAUCAAAAUAACCAUGGGUGCCUCCCUCGACAAGCCCUCCAUGAGUAACUCCUUCGGCGUGCAAUAUGUCCGCAAGAACAGCACAUCUCCAGACCAAACAACGAAGCCCGAAUGGGGCGACGGUGAGAUCAUCUACAUCUGUAUAACAGUAACCGACACAGGCCGCGGCCUGGUCGAAUCCGAGAUCAAGAAUCUUUUCCAUCUCUUCGCGCAAGCUUCUCCAAAGACGCACCAAACCUACGGAGGUUCGGGGUUGGGACUCUUCAUUAGUCGACAACUAGUCGAGAUGCAAGGCGGUGAGAUCGGCGUUGCCUCGCAAGCUGGUAAAGGGAGUAUCUUUCAGUUCUACGUCAAGACACGACGGACUACCGCGCCUGAGGAAAUUCAAGAGAAGACAGAUUUACAAUUGCUAGUGAGGGAGGAUGCGCUGAGAGAGGCGUGCGCGGUUGAGAUAUCGGCGCUGCAGAAUGGGAUGAAGAUGCCGAAUAUUCAGCUUGAGAAUGUGACGCCUCUGUCGCCAGCGCUGCAUAUACUUGUUGUGGAGGAUAAUCUUGUGAAUCAGAAGGUUGUUAGUAAGCAACUGAGAAAAUCGGGGCAUUUUGUUAGUGUAGCGAAUCAUGGCGAGGAGGCGUUGGAGUUUAUUAGGGGCUCGGAGUUUUGGUCAGAGGAGGGUGGCGGAGAGAGAUUGAGUGUUGUGUUGAUGGAUUUGGAGAUGCCAGUUAUGGAUGGGAUUACGUGUGUUAAGCGAAUUAGGGAGUUGCAACGUAUUGGGUUGAUUAGGGGCCAUGUGCCUGUUAUUGCCGUUACUGCGAAUGCGAGGAAGGAUCAGAUUAUGAUGUCCAUGAAUGCUGGGAUGGACGACGUGACAACAAAACCCUACCGGAUGCAAGAUAUGCUAAAACAAAUAGAGAAACUGGUUGCGAGAUAUACAAGGAUGGCUAUGCCAGGUGAUUGAUUCGGUAUUUGGUACAUUGGUUUGUCGGUAUUUGUAUGUGGACUGGUUUGUACAGUAUUUAUAAAUAUAUAGAGAAUGGUAGCCUAGAUUUUUGACUUCCCUACGUCGAGGAAGUAGAGUUCAAGGAGGAUACUGACCAGUCGA